AUGAACUUACAAUCUAGUUCUGUUGAUACGCCUUCAUCAAGUGAUGAAGUUGAAAUACAAGAACAAGAGUCAACCAUGAAUGCAACAACUAUUUCUCAAUGUUUAUUGUCAAAUUCAAAAUUACGAAAAACUGCUCGUGAUCAAUUCUUUGACGAUCUUCAACGUGAAGAACAUAAGAAUAGAUGGUCUGCAAAAUGCUUGUUAUGCAAAUCGAAUAAAAGAGUUAUGGACAAGAUAGGAGUUACUUCAAACUUUACUCGACAUGUUCGACAAUAUCAUCAAGAAGAAUAUGAAGAAUGGGCACAUCAGUCUGAAAGAACACGUUCAGUCUCACAAGGUAACAAAAUUACCAACUAUUGUUCAAGAAAAACUGGUUCACCUGAUCGUGCAUCAUAUGGCCCAAAUCAUUCUCGACAAGUUGAAUUAUCUAUGGCUAUUGUGAAUGAUUUAAUUAUUAGUUUAGGUUUACCACUAUCAAUUGUGGAAAGAACAACGUUCAUUAAUUUUAUGAAAAAAGUGGAUCCAAAAUUUACCAUAGAAAGUCGACGAACUAUAACUCGAAAAACAAUUCCAAGUUUAUACGACAAAAUGAACGAUCAUUUAAUGAAGUUCUGCUCAACAGCUACUUUCUUAUCUUUGGCAUUGGACGUAUGGACUGAUAGAAGAAUGAGAUCGUUCUUUGCUAUAACAGGUAUGAAUAUUUUUGAAAAGCUUGCCCCAACACUAGAUUUUCGUUUUAUAGCUCAUACAAUCAUCAACAGUAGCUUUAAAACGUACGUGCUAUGUUUUGUGCCGUUAUGGGGCAGUCAUUCUGGUUCAUUACUAUUAGAAAAAUAUGAAGAAAUUAUCAAUAAAUUUGGAAUCAAGAAUAAAGUUGUUCGUUUAGUAACAGACAAUGCAGCGAAUAAUAUCAAAGCAUUUGAAAAUAUUAUUAUUCCCGGUUUUGAAAAAUACUUCGUUGAAGAUAAUGAUGAUUAUGAAGAAGAAGAUGGAAAUGAUAGUGAUGCAGGUAAUGAUGGUACAGUAAGUGAUGAAUAUGAUUAUCCAUGUGAUAAAUUAUUAACAACACACAUGUCAACGACUGCUGACUUUACAUCUGAAGAUCUUAUUCAAGAAUCAAUUAAUCGAUUAAUGGAAUACAGCGAAGUAUUUAGAAUUCCUUGUUUUGCACACACGAUCCAGCUGGUCGUGAGGGAUGGCUUGAAGGAAGCGAACGCGAUUGUGGGUGCAUUGGAGAAAGUUUCUGCUAUUGCUAAACUUGCUCACACAUCUACAAAAUUUGGUGAAAAAUUGGAGUUGAUGAAAAAGUCAAUUCCUCGUGCUGUUAUUACACGAUGGAACUCCCAGUUCAUGACUGUUGAUCGAGUUCUUAAUAUACCAUCUAUUGAAUUAAAUGAUGUAUUAAUUCAAUUGAAAUAUAAACAUCUAUGCUUGAAUACACGUGAUUUAACAAUGUUACGAGAAUUUGUUGAUUUAUUAUCGUUAUUUGCUCAAGUGACAACUGAAACCCAAAGUCAAAAUUGUCCAUCAAUAUCAUUUGUUGCACCAAGUGUCUUAGCUAUUUAUUUCGAUUUAAUCAAUGAGAAAAACAGUUUACAAUAUACCACACCAUUAUGCGAUGCUUUAUUGAGUUCAUUAAUGUCACGGCUUGGUGGUUUACUCGAAGAAAUGGAAAUUAAUCCUGCUGAUCUAAACAUUAAUUUUCGAAAAAAUGACAAGUUCUACAAUGUUUAUAAAGAUCCAGUUUUCCUUUUCUCACCAUUUCUCGAUGGAAAGUUUAAAAUUCGUUGGAUCACUCAAUCUUUACUUGGUGAUUCAACAAAAGAACGAUUAUGCGAGAAAAUUAAGAAGCUGAUAUUUGAUCAUUGCUUACUUAUGGUUCACAAUACCGAAUCUCUUGUUACAAAUGAUACACAGCCAAAAGAUAAACAACAAGAGGUUGUGGAUACCUCGUCAUCAAGUCCGGCUGUGAAGAAAAGAAAGAAUUUAUUUGAAAAUAUUGAACAUGAUCUUAAAAAUGCCAAAAAGCCAAAGCCGGUGGAUUCGUAUAAUUAUAUUGAACAAGAAAUAUCAAGAUACAUCGAUGAUCACAAUAAUGAUAGUAUGAUUUUGAUAAAUCCUACAACAUCAAUUUUCUAUAAAACUUUGGCCAAAUUAGCCAACAAAUAUUUAUGUAUACCUGCAACUUCAGCUGCAGUAGAACGAACUUUUUCUCAAAGUGGAUUUUUAUUGCGUCCUCAUCGUGCACGAAUGUCACGCAAGACUCUCGAACAGCUCACUUUGUUGAAAUGUAAUUUUGACAUGUUAUGA